GACGUCGUGGCGGGCCGAGUCGAUCGAAUGAACAUGAACUCGCCACUCCACGAUGUCGUUGACCCGCUUACGAGCGUCCUCCGCUUUCAUAGCCUCUCUGUCGCGAGUUUUCGUAGGUUUCCUGUGGAUUUCUCGUGUUCGCGAACGACUCGAGUGGAACGUGCUCCUCUCCUGUGAAGUGGUGAAACGCCUACAGUGAGACGUCUAUUCUUCUUCUUCUUCUUCUUUCUCCAUCUGGUUUUGUUCUCAUUCUUCCUCCUAUUUUUUUGUUGGUGCUUACCGUAGUCGCUCUCCGAGCAAAUUACGUCGCGGCAGUGUCCGGAAGGAAGACAAAAAGGACGUUUUCCCUUGGAUAAGAAGAGCCUAUUAUUCUUCACAGGACACUGCCAUUAUCCUUAACAAAAGCUUGCUUUUCCUUCUUCGACGCGUCUCUUCGUACCUUUCAGCAUUCACCGGAUGUGUUAUCCACCGGUUGGUUAAUUGCUUCUUCGAAUUAUCCUUCGCUGUUUACAAAAGGAUAACCCCCGAGGAUGGUACACGAUCUCAACGAGGUCAACCGAAUCGAUUCCACUUCGUCGCGUUGCCGAUAAUUCCGGAGCAUUUAUGUUUUCCAUGAAUUUCUGCUAGGAAGUAUGCGGUUUAUGGAACCAGUACGCGCUAAUUAAUUAUCCAGUUAGCGAACAAUCGAGGGAGUUGCGUGACGUUCCACUCGUGCGGCCUUUUCUGUAAUAUAAUCCAGUUUCUAUUUUCACGUUCCAUUUGUCCCUGAAACAUCGUAGCUACGCACAUUCGACAUGGUCAUCAAUUUCCAUAUCCAGCAUCAUCGGAUGCCUCGGUUUUAAUUAAUACAUCCGAGGCUGACGCUUCACACGUUCGGCAGGAAUUUCAUUAUCCAUAAAUUUGCAUAACUUCAGAAGUAUUUAUCGUGUAGAGCCAUGCUUUUCAUGAUUGAAGCGGACAUGGUCAUUUAUUAUCUGCUGAAAGUUCAGUUUCCUAGGACGAGCUUCUAUCAAGUUGAAAUUGAUCCCAGGCCGAAGUAAAGCAAUAACCUGGACCUCGCGAUGGUUUCCAGGUUACGUGAUCAAACUUCGCGACCGAUCGACUGUGGCCGAGGUGUCGGGAUCCUUUCUCUCGCGACAACACCACCCCCGUCGUUACUUUAAUUGCCACGGUGUAAUUAACGAGCGAGCAGUCGUUAGGCGGACAUAGCCUAGUCGCUUGCAACGAAGACGCUCUUAGGUAGUCUCGUUAAGAUCCUCGUCCCUGAGAGCAAUUAUAUCAGCAUAUUUCGUGACAGUAGUGGAACGGCCGCCAGUCUGGCACCGUGGGCAGAAAUCCCUAUCGAACGAUCCGUCGUAGAAGGAUCGACGCGCGAGGAAUCCUUGCUGGAAUUUUCCUCUCCUUGCCUUUCGACCGGCCGUUUAUAGCGGGUGUUCGAUAGCAAAGCUUUCCGAUAAGCUAUGAAAUAAUUCCAAAGACAACUCGACGCUGUCUGCGUUCAUUCAUCCCGCGUUUAAAGAUCCCGAAGAAUUUCAACGAAGAACCGUAUUGCCAACAGUGUCCUCGAGAGCGGGCCGAGAGAGGACAUCGAUCAAAAUCUCGAACGUCUCGCGGAGAGUAUCUCGAUGCUCGCGAAAAUCGAAGCACCAGGUGGUCGAGGCGCGAUGAUCCUCGAUAGCCGGGUGUAGAUCGGGCACUGGUGUUUGGAUGGCUUGCAAAAGGAAGCGAAAAAAGUCGUGGACGAGCGUGUGAGGGGAGGUGUUCGCUGCCCCAUGGCCAGCAUGGCGUAGCGACGCUACGUAGUCACCCCUUUCUUUCGAAAGCCUUCGAACGAAGCUUGAAGAGUUCGAACGAUGAAGCUGGCUGGCAAAGAGGAAGAAACCGAGACGCAAUGCGGUAGCUCGUGCUCGGCGAGAGCUUAGCGGAUCAACGUCGAGCCUCGGAGCCGACUAGGGUAUCGAAACUGGGCCAUACAAAGUUCGAGGGCCCGCCGGAAGUGGAUCAAAGCCGCUCGAACAACAGCCCUGGCGACGACGGCGCUGCUUUCCGGCGAUGAUCGGAUACAAUCAACACAAUUCGGGCUACAACAAGCUAUUUACCCAGGGCUCGGCGGACUCAAACUACUCACAGCCGAGCUCGGAUCUCUCGCUGGACGAGGAGAAAGAGAGCUUGCGUCGUGAGAAGGAGAGGCAGGCCCUCAAUCAACUUGAAAAAGCCAGGACGAAACCGGUAGCGUUUGCAGUGCGGACCAAUGUGAGCUAUGACGGAUCCGUCGACGACGAUUCGCCGGUUCAUGGCUCGGCUGUCAGCUUCGACGUUCGUGAUUUUCUGCACAUCAAGGAGAAGUACGAUAACAAUUGGUGGAUAGGUAGACUGGUGAAAGAGAACUCGGACGUCGGUUUCAUCCCUUCACCGGUGAAGUUGGAAGCCCUUAGGCAGCAGGCGAGCGCUGCACGUGGCACGAAGGGUCUCUAUUCGGCUCGUGGAGGGUCUUCAGGGAACCUUGGCGAGAGUGGUAUGCCCUCACGUGGUUCCACACCACCUACACCAGGUGACGAUAGCGACAGUGUGGGAAACGUACGUGGCGGUAAGGCGACGCUGACCACACCACCUGCCAAGGAGAAACGGAAGAACUUCUUCAAGAAGCCGGAAACGACUACACCGUAUGACGUGGUACCUUCUAUGAGGCCUGUGGUCCUGGUGGGUCCUUCGUUGAAGGGUUAUCAGGUGACGGAUAUGAUGCAGAAGGCUUUGUUUGAUUUUCUGAAGCAUCGGUUUGCUGGCAGAAUAAUUAUCACUAGGGUAAUGGCAGACAUUUCGCUAGCGAAGAGAUCAUUGCUAAAUAAUCCAACUAAAAGAGCGAUCAUGGAACGAUCGACCAGUAGGAGCAGCUGUCUGGCGGAGGUUCAAGCUGAGAUUGAAAGGAUUUUCGAGCUGGCCAGAACCUUACAGCUGGUGGUUCUCGAUUGCGACACCAUUAAUCAUCCGUCGCAGUUGGCGAAGACCAGUCUAGCACCAACGAUCGUCUACCUGAAGAUCUCGUCGCCGAAAGUGCUGCAGAGGUUGAUCAAAACGCGUGGCAAGUCUCAGAUCAGACACCUGAACGUACAAAUGGUAGCAGCGGAGAAGUUGGCCCAGUGUCCGCCGGAGAUGUUCGACGUGAUCCUGGAUGAGAAUCAGUUGGAGGAAGCUUGCGAACACGUGGCCGAGUACCUGGAAGCUUACUGGAGGGCCACGCAUCCUCCUGUGAUCGCGUCGGUGCCACGGCCCAUUCCUGCACCCGACGUACCUGUGGAUGCGUUGACACCUCGCGUCACAUCAGGUAGCUGUCACGAGAGUUACCACGAGCCAAGAGGAUCGGGCUCGUACAGCGGCGGACACGUGAGCGAGGGAACGAGAAGAUCGAGGUUGGAGAGGAUGGAUCGUGAUCGUGGUGAUCGUGGUGAACACGAUUAUGGGACCGAGGAGGAAUCGUACGUUGGUGGCGUCGAUUACGGCAGUGCAUCGAGGCGUCGCCAGCAGCAAGACCCGCGCGCAUUAAAUGCCAUUUAGGAGCUGGGGCCCCGGGGCCUGUCGCUACUGCGCUGUCCCCACCUGCGCACCACUGCUCUUUAGUGGGGUCGCCACCUGGUACGCUACUGAAAAACGUACGAAGUGCUUAUAAAAAUGCUACCUUAGCGAAAAUUUGUCGCUCUGGUCUGUCAGUGGGGUUUCUUUCCUGUCCGCUAUCCGUAUGAACGUUUAUUUUCCGAUUUCGCUAGCCGAGUAAAAUGAUACACGCUUCGAAAAAUAUGCUGCCGCCAGCCUCCACGGAAUUCUGUUUCCUUUUUAUUCCUUUCGCCGCCCAAAAUAUAUUGGGUGAUACCCAGUCUUCGGUAAAUUAAAUCGAUUGAUUUCGUACGAUCUAUGAUGGAACGUACAUGCACGACAAGAAUAACGUAGAAUCCUCUUACAACGUUAUCCCCUUCUGUUCGUUUACAGAGUUUCAAUUAUCGAAUUCGCUGUAAUGGAAUGAAAGAAUGCGAGAGAGUGAGAGCAAGAGGAGAGUGAUCGAUUUAGCCAGCGAAAACUUUCACGAGCAUUAUUUCCAACAGGAAUUCCGCAAACGAUGGGCGGGGUUGAAACGAAUUAUCGAAAUGUCCUAAUCGAUGCGGUACGCACAGGAUAAAUCCCCCAUUCGCGGAACCAGCUCAACGAGAUGAGUAUAAUUACGUGAACAAAUCAAAGAAACAUACGUUCAUGAGAAUGAUAGUGUAUCGAGAGAGAAAGGGUGAGAGGGUAAGAGAGAAAGAAAUGAAAGAGGGAUAAAAAGAGCCCUGGGGCCUUAAUUUUUGCGCUCACUCCUCCCGGGCCCCUAUACCCACCCCCACGAGAAGCAAAUCGAGCUUCGUGAUUGCGAAUAAUUAUCUAUGAGAGCUUCGUGAAUCGGCAUCGGGUAUUCAAAGGCACGAGAUCUUCGCUCGAAAGUUAGAUAGACGAUCGUUCUGGUAAACGAAGAAAUACGAGGGAAGAAAAACUAUACGGGAAAAUUUCGAUACGAAUUUUUGCGUAGUAUUCUUUCAAUUCGGCCACGAGAACAAUGAUAGUCGCUUCGACAUAGAGGAAAAUCAUUAAAGAAAAUAAGAAACGAAGAAAGUCACUCUAGUCGAAUAUGUUUAGUAUCGAUCGCAUGGUAAAUUCUAUAUUAGGAAUUUUCGUAUAUAAACGAAUUUUCAACGAUUACGAAAUCGGUGCAAGACGAAUUAUACGCGCGUGGCGAUGGGUUGGGAUCAGAUCAUUCUGAUAAAUAUAAUCGAACAGUUGAAAGUUUUCGACUAUCGAAGCGCGUUGACGAUCGCCGCGCUAGGCUGACGUGUUUAUACGUUUUAUUAGAGUCUAUUACGUGGAACAGGAUAUACACAGGUACAUACGAACACGAAAAGGACAUGCACACAUACACAUAUGUACAUUAUUGGUCAAAAAAGUAUGGGACCAUUUGCAGUGAAUAUCUUUAACCAUUUCGCUAUUAAAAUUAUUAAAAACACUUGUAGUAACAGAUAUAUCUAUCUUUUUUGCUCGGUACUCAAAUCCUCUGAAAUUUGUAAUUUUCCAAUUAAAAUGGUUCCAUACCUUCGGCCAUCGGUGUAUAUACACAGGACAACACGGUAACACUUUGAACACUACUUUGUGUAUAUAGUAUACAUACAUAAAUAAUAAUAUAUAAAUAUGAAUAUAUUGUAUACGCGGUGAACACUUCCAUCUCUGUCGCUCGACAAAAAUGAAUCUCGAUCGAGGCAAAGCGAGAGAAAAGUAGAGUGAAAGAGAGACAGAGUGAAAGGGUGGGAGAGAAAGAGAAAGAAUGAAGAUGAUACUAUACCAUAGAUAACGAAUCCAAUAGUUAUACUGUGUACAUAUUGUAAGAAGCCUUUAAAAGAACGAGUCCUUUUCGUUUCGAUUGCCGUAAACUCAGUGUUGUCAGGCUGCAUCGUGGAUCACUUUGUACACUAAAGCAGAUUUUCAUUGUUAUCGACACAUUUUUCAGUCCUCGUUGUUAUCAAUCUCUACGCUUUUGAUGCACUACGAUUUUCCUGCAACCACAAGAUAUUUACCGAAUAAUUGAUACAGACAUACAUACACGUACACUUACACAGAUUGCAUGGAUCCAAUCGUGGCAACCGAUAACACCGAUGGAGUUCUGAUAGCUCACGUGUUUGUUGGCCUUUAACCCUUUCGGUGCUAAAUACUUCUGAUAUAAAAUUUCUUUGCACAGGUUUCAAUUUUGUUAUCAUUUAAAAAUUGACAAAUUUUCAUCCACUCAGCCACUGGACAAUGCAACAGAAUUGUUAAAAUUCAUAGCACCGAAAGGGUUAAUGGCACGUCAUUUCUUGAACAAAACGAACAAAUCUCGGGCACGUUAUUCUUGAAAAGAGUCUAAUGAAUUUUGAACAAUUCAAACAGCGACGUGCGUCGUUUAGAUUAGUGAGAUAGGAACGAGGCGUUCCAUUCCGAAGGAUUAUGUUCGAAUAGUGUGCUUUUGCAACACGAAUUUGACGCGUGUUAUUGCUAUGUGAAUUUUAGUCAAGCUCUUUUAUCGUUUCAAAGCUAUUUUAUGCACCAUUAUCGACCGAUCGCUGGCACCGUUUGUUCUAAAAACGAUCGACAACUCGAAUCGAUCAUUUUUUAUUUCGCAAAACUCGAACGUGGAUCGUCUCCUUCUUUGGACGUUAUUCCGUUUGUUGUUCUUUCGAAUUGUCGCGAAGGAGGCGUGUUUUCGUCAGCGAUCCGGCCUCGUUCGAUCGAGAAUAAUUGAAAGUGUUUCGAUAUUUCUCGUUAAGACUCGUUGUUUAUUCGCCAGCAAGUGAUUGGCGCGGGAAGAUUAUAUUAGGCAGGUGUUCGCGCGCGUAACAGAUGGGAUGUUUUUUGUUUUCAUCGCGCGUUAAACACCGUUCAUUAAAAUUAACCGGCGCCUCGAGAGAUCAUCCGAUGGAUGUUUACGAAUGAAACAUUCCUCGGCUAAGAAUCUUAACGGCGCCUUAACGAUUAGAUAGAUGUUCGUGCGAAGAUCAGCCUUCGAUAAGUUUCUAAAUCUUUGCUUGCUACGCUGUUAAACGAAUUUCAACGGCGCCACGUGCCGCUCUUGAUUUCGCUUAUCGACGUUGAAAGUUUCACUCUUUUAGGCAAAGAGAAUUUUUUUGUAAAGAUACAACAAUUGUAAGAAUGCGAAGCAUCGUAUGCAAGGAACGAUUGCGUCGUUCGGUAUUCGCCGAGUAAAAAGAAUUACGUUCGAGCGUAAAAGUGCUCGAUUAUUGUAAAAUCAUUUCGCAGCCGACGUUUGUAAAUACUAGGUGAAAUAUAUAUUUGCAAGGCACGAUCAUUGGUGACGUAUCGACUGGAUGAUACUCACGCUUCCACUUGUGUACAGGCGCGUUUGCCUUUUUGCAUUCGACGUUUGAACGAAGCGUUUGAAGUUCGAUCGAACACGAAUGCUCCGUAGUAGCAACAAUUUCUUUCGUACUUUGAUUCUUCAUGCCUGAUAGAAGAUAUUCAUUCGUGGAACAGCACGGGAUUAUGCGAUUCCGCGAUUAUUUUAACAAUUUUUCGCUUCGUUCCUGGAGAGUAACUAUGCAUAACUUUGUGACGCGUAGAUCGAUUGAUUUUGAAAUCGUUAGUCACGUAGGCGCAACCGACGUAAUUAAAGCGAUCGAUAGAGGAAACGUACGACUACGUCGAGCUGACGGGGUCGUUAGAAUUAUUGGAAAUUUUUUAUAAUAUUUUGUAAAGAGUCUCAAUAGGCAGCGAUAGAAACCCACAUCACGCAGACCUGGAACGAACAUGUUUAGGACGUGUUACAGUGACACAAAUACAACAUAACACAACAUAAAAGAUCGUACGCGAACCGCGAUUAUUCCGUAGAGUACGAUUUACGUAGCUACUUUAAAACGGAACGAGCAAGCAUUCCAUCGCGUCGGCUUGUACGGAUUUCAGUUUAGAAGUUUAGCAGCUUCCGGUCCGUUCUUUCUUUCGGUGUAUCGUCGAGAAUAGAGUUCGAGAAUCUGUAAACGUCCACUAGGUCGCUAAAUUAACGUCAGACGAAAGAAAUAAGGAAUCGAGUAGUGGAUUAAUCGCGAACAAUUCGGAUUUACUUAUAAAUCUCUUCGUAGUUGUCUCUUUGUAAACGAAUCUAUAGUUACCGCUCACGCGUGACGCUCGUUCGAUGCGUAGAAGAUGAACACACACCUAUCUAGAGAAGAAAAGAAAUCUCCACCUGCCCCCUUCAAAAAAGCAAAAACGAAAAAAAUUAAAAAAAAAAAAGAAAAUCAACACAGAAAUAGUAAAAAUUGAACGGAUACGCGAUAACGGGAACGCUGAAAGUUCAAUCGGGAACACUAAUCGAAAAGACUAAAAAUGUUUAAGAAAAAAAAAAAUACUGUUUGGAAAAAGCGAGAGAGGGAAGACUGGAAGCGAGGGCGAACCUUUCAGGGUGCAAAUGAGCGUACAAUUCGUUGAAAAUGGGCGCGAAUUGAUUCUUUAAUUACGUGGGAGUGAAGUUUAUGCGCGUUGGUUGCACGUGAACGUUGUUAAUUAAAAAAGAAGUCUGCUUUAUCGGCGUCGUGAAACGAUUUUCGACGUCAUCCACGAACGCAACCCUAAUAUGAUGGUUGGAAGGUCCAAUGAAAAAAAAAAAAAGAAAAAAAAUAUGAGAACGAU